GACGCACUUCCGGCGGAUGUGGGGGGGGCAACCCCGGAAACGGAAGUGAGCCGCGGGGUCGUCUGACGGUAACGGGCUGAGGAGCUGUUCGCGGAGCGAGUUGAAGAUGAAUGCCAGAGGACUUGGAUCUCAGCUAAAGGACAGUAUUCCAGUUACUGAACUUUCAGCAAGUGCACCUUUUGAAAGUCAUGAUCUUCUUCGAAAAGGUUUUUCUUAUGUGAAAAAUGAACUUCUGCCCAGUCAUCCUCUUGAAUUAUCAGAAAAAAAUUUCCAGCUCAACCAAGAUAAAAUGAACUUUUCCACACUGAGAAACAUCCAGGGUCUAUUUGCUCCAUUAAAACUACAAAUGGAAUUCAAGGCAGUGCAGCAGGUUCAGCGUCUUCCAUUUCUUCCAAGCUCAAACCUUGCAUUGGAUAUUUUGAGGGGUAAUGAUGAGACUAUUGGAUUUGAAGAUAUUCUUAAUGACCCGUCACAAAGUGAACUAAUGGGAGAACCACAUUUGAUGGUUGAAUAUAAGCUCGGUUUACUGUAAUGCACUGUGCUGUUCAUGGAAAUAGAGGGGCUGCAUCUUGUUUAUAGUCGUUUUUUACUAUAAUUUGACGUGCACAACAUUAAAAGUACUGACACAUGAGAA